GCCUCAUAAAACCACAUCCACGCACUCCCAGUCCAUCCAGAAAUAAGAAAAAGUCUCCACAAUGACCAUCUCCCACACCAGCACCACCCCCAACGACAAUCAGACCCACCACAGCCAUGCCGGCUCUUCCUCCGCGCGAACCUUCCUCCUCCCCCAACGGGGCCAUCUCCUCAGCCUGAUGAGCAUCCUUCGUGACGCCGGUACCACCAGAGCUACCUUCUCGAGCACCACCGAGCGGAUCGCCGAUCAGCUCGUCAACGCAGCGCUUGAUCUCCUCCCCGUGGAGGAACUCGCCGUUACGAGCCCCACGGGGUCGACAUAUUACGGUGCCCGCCAGACCCAGCCGCUUACCUCUGUGAGCAUUCUCCGUGCGGGGGCUAGUCUUGACAAUGCCGUGCGCAGGGCCUAUACUGGUCCCCUAACCUUCGGCACGAUCCUCAUCCAGCGCGAUGAGACGACCACCCUCCCCGCUCUCCUAUACUCCAAACUCCCACCGCAGAUCCCCUCAAACGCCGUCCUAAUCCUCGAACCAAUGCUCGCAACAGGCGGAUCCGCCUGCUGCGCAAUCGACGUCCUCAAAGAUGCCGGCGUCCCCGAAGAGAGCAUCAUCUUCGUGAAUAUCCUCUCCGCCCGCUACGGCUUAGACAGGUUGCUUUCAACUUAUCCGGGCCUGCGAGUGGUCACGGCUGCUAUUGACGAGGCGUUGACUGCGAGGAAGGAAAUUGAUCCUGGACUGGGUGAUUUUGGAGAUCGUUUUUAUGGGACGGGGAGCAAGUUCUGAACUUUCGAAACUCCCUGUGUGGAUCUUUAUGAAAUGAUAUUUUGUUUGGUGGUACUGUGAGGAUUGGUCGAUGGAUGGUCUAGGGUUCUACUUUGCACUGCACAUUUUGACGACACUUAGUAAAUAGUUUGCACGUGCUUUUUUGUCUAUUCUGUGAUUUUAGUUGAGGUUUGCUUAUUGCGUUUAUCCAUUGAUAUCUGGUUCGCGUUGAAACUUUAGAACUGGAUGCGCAUCUCGUUAACAUGUCUUGUCUUGACCAUCCCACCAAAACCACCAAUUGGCGAGUGGUGGGGGCUUGAUAUUCAAUGGAUAUAACCGCUGUGUUGUACGAUAUACUGUAUAUAACAUAUUGAUAGAACAUGGAUUACCUUAUCUGAA